AUGUGCCACCCUAUUCAAGGAUACGAGAGAUUGCACGAUAGAGAUGGGAGCCCUAGAGAUGAUUAUAGGGGUUAUAGAGAUGGACACUUAGGUAAUAGGGACAGAUUUAGGACUAACCGAGAUGACAGGAAUGAUAGAGAUUAUUAUAGAGAUCGUCGGGACAGACCUAGAUAUGCCCGUGAACCUUCUCGAGAACAUAGAGAUCACCACCGAGGCUACAGAGACAGAGAUAGAGAAUACGGGACAGAGACAGGUCGGCAGCCUACUUUUGAAGAGUAUAUGAGAUCCUACUUCACUGGAGACCAGGGUACUAAUCGGCGCUAUACAGGCAACCAAAAAGUGAAGCUUGAGCUGAAAGAAUUCGAUGGUAAUUCUGACCCCCCAGGCAACACCUCUCGCCCUGCUGUUCCCCCACGUGUGGAUGACAAGGGCAAGGCCCCUAUGGGCCAAAAUGACCCCUUUACUUGUUACUACUGUCAAGACAAAGGACGCAUUGCUAGGGACUGCCCACACAAGAAGAAGCUUAUCAAUGUGGCUGAAAAGGAAGAAGUUCAAGGUAUUCAUGUAAUACGUCAAGAGGCUGCUGUUCAGCCAGAACUGCAACCUUCUUCAUCCUUCGAAGAGCUGCUGUCCGCAUACAAGAUUGCACCAUCCGCUGAAGAUGAACUCAAGCAACUCGAUCCUGAUUUGGAAGACCAUUAUGUGAUCUCCAGCCAUUCAUCGGGGAUGAAUGUUUUCAAGACAGGGAAAGAUAGAGAAUCCCUCCCGAUAGGGACAACAACCUGCCCCCAUAGAAGAAGACAGUACCAGCCCUAUUCAGUGAUACAGAGAUUGCCUGAUAGAGAUGGGAGCCCUAGAGAUGAUUAUAGGGGUUAUAGAGAUGGACACUUAGGUAAUAGGGACAGAUUUAGGACUAACCGAGAUGACAGGAAUGAUAGAGAUUAUUAUAGAGAUCGUCGGGACAGACCUAGAUAUGCCCGUGAACCUUCUCGAGAACAUAGAGAUCACCACCGAGGCUACAGAGACAGAGAUAGAGAAUACCGGGACAGAGACAGAGGUCGGCAGCCUACUUUUGAAGAGUAUAUGAGAUCCUACUUCACUGGAGACCAGGGUACUAAUCGGCGCUAUACAGGCAACCAAAAAGUGAAGCUUGAGCUGAAAGAAUUCGAUGGUAAUUCUGACCCCCCAGGUAUUUUAUGA